UUUGGCACUUCCGGCAGUUUCCCAGAAGCGGAAGUUUAGCAACGCGUCACACGUGUUUAGUGAAACUGGGGGAAAAAUGGCGAAAAACAGCAAAUUAAAGCAGAACUCAAAGUUUAAAAGUGGAGCGAAACAGAAGCAGCGUAAAUGUGUGCUGAUGUUUGAUGAUAAAGACAGACAGGAUUUCCUGACGGGUUUCCACAAGAGGAAGCUGGAACGCCGGAGAGCAGCACUGGAGGAGAUGAGGAGCAAACUGAAGGAGGAGCAGAAGCGCGUCAGAGAGGAGAGACACAAAGAGUAUCUGAAGAUGCUGCUGGAGCGCCGCCAGGCUCUGGAUGAGGAGGACGAGCUGGAGGACGUGAUCACGGCCACGACGGAGAGCGUUCAGUACGAUCACCCCAACCACACGGUCACCGUGACGACCAUCAGCGACCUCGACCUAUCGGCCGGCAGAAUGCUGGAUCCGCAGAGAGAGGAGCAGAACGACGAGGAGAAGACCAAAGCCCUCCCCAAGGUCGCCGGAAACCCACUGCUGUCCAAGAAGAUCCAGACCCUCACGGCGUCCCUCAACAGCCUCACUAAACAGAAGAGCAACAAACGAAGGUCCAAAAAGGAAAUGAGGCGCAGAAGCCGUCAGAGCGACAGGAAGUCGUCAUCAGCGCAAGACAACAAGCUCCGUCAGGGCAAGAGCACCAAAGCGCAGAGACGCAGACAAACGGGCCGGAACGAGCGCCAUCAGGACUGACGAACGGCAGACUCGCGACUGACGCGUCAAUUCACGAACUCUCGCCGUGUGUGUGUGUGUGUGUGUGUUUACAUGUUGAUUCUUUAUACGGACAUUAAAAAAGAAACAUUUCAAGCUACAGUGUCAAACUCUCAUUCACACACUAGGCCUGUUCACAAUGAGUAUUAAUUCAGGAAACGUCAUCAUUCCUUUAUAUCUCUCAUUAGCAACUACGGUUAAAAACAUGAAUGCGUUCACUCAUCCAUAAACAUAAACAUGAUAGAUCCAAGUUCCAUGAUUUCAAUCCUU